AUGAUUGAAUCCGUCAUUCCGCGAGAGAUACCCCUACCUAACAAACUCCGUGAUGGAGUGGAAAGUCAGAGUGAAACCAUAAACAAACAUUUAUUUUGUAUGGUUAACGGAAAACAAUACAACGUUGACAUCAGAUUGUAUGAGGCCAAUUUGGAUUUCUCACACAAACGUCACAACAAAACAUUGGAAGCUCAGAAUACAGCGAUUUUCAGGCAGCGUGCCAAGUUGUGUCACGCGGAAACGCGAGUGUACACAACGUCAUUACGAUUAACCUCAUCCACCACCUGA